UAAGACCUCCCUGUCGAUAGGUGUCCUAAUAUGUCUUUGUGCUUCCUUUCAAGGAACCGGGGAAGUAAAUCCGCCUCACAUGUAACCAAAGUGACCUCAGGUUUCAAUGCGUGCUCUGUGGUUCUAAGUGGUUGUGAAGCUGUAAAACAUCCCUGAGGUCCUUUCACAGUUAUAAUAUAACGUUAUUGGUAAAAGUGACUAGCGUCGUAUUUUAAAUGGCUGCUAUCCAGGAGCUCUCUCCAGACUCUGGCCGUGGGGAGACACGACCCCCCGAAGACGAGAUCGAGGGUGAUGAUGAGGAUGAAGAGUUGGAUGAAACACUGUUGGAGAGGUUGUGGGGUCUCACAGAGAUGUUUCCAGAAUCACUGCGAUCAGCAGCUGAAGUUUCUGCACAGUGUUCACUAUCUGUAGGCAAAAAACUUUACAGUUUCUCCCGCUCUGCUCUAUGGGUCGGUACUACUUCCUUUAUGAUUCUGGUUCUGCCGGUUGUCUUUGAGACUGAGAGGUUACAGCUGGAACAGCAACAACUACAACAGCAGAGACAGAUUUUGUUGGGUCCAAAUGCUGGCAUGUCUGGAGGAAUGCCUGGAAUGAUGCCACCUGCUCCUGGGAAGCUGUGAUGAUGUAUAUAUUGUAGCAUCCAUGAGUUGUAGAAGAAGAAGGGGAAAGAGAGAGGGAACAGGAACUGGAGAAUGAUGUGAGAAGAUGCUGUGCUUGGUCAACAUCAAGAAGUCGUUACCCUGUAUAGUUGUGUGUACAGUGGAGACCC